AGCCAUUUCACCCACUUGCCCACUAAAGAAAAAUAGCCUGGAGCCGCAAAACGUUGUAUGUUUAAAACAACAUUGGAGGGAAAAAAAAAGACGAGUUGGAGUACUCUUGCUAGUACUGGAGAUAAACUUUUGUUUUUAAAUGAGCUCUAAUUUAUUUUUUCAGAAUUGUCAAAUAACUCAUUAAUAAUAAUUAAUAAUUAAUAACUCAAAUAACUCAAAGUAUUACUCAUUUCCCUUCAUGUUAACCUGUCAGAGAGAACUGGAUAGCAUCCUGUCUGCUCAUUCAGUCACCAGUCAGAACUCAGUCAGGAUGCAUUCAUGGUCUCACACAAAGUUGGAUUUUUGUAAACUCAUAACGAAGAUGUGCAUUUUCACCACUCGGGUGCUUAAAAAAUAUUCAAGCAUUGCAAAGGGAGCCGCAACAAAGAGACUGGAGAGCCACAUGCGGCUCUGGAGCCGCGGGUUGCUGACCCCUGUUUUAGACUAAGCAUGAAUGACUGUGCAUUGUUCUCGUGGUAUUGCUUGCCUCUCGCGAGAUUUUAUCGACGUCAUUUUUAGCGCGUAGUUUGUUGGCGGAAAAGCGUCAGUCCACAAGUGAACUACUCUUUUGUGAACUUUCAGUCAGGUUUCGCCUGUCCGGUGUUUACUAACCGUCAUUUCCCCCCCACUGGGCAUCGUCUGGGAACUUUACUGAGUUUAUGAUAUAUGUAGAGGUACUUUUGGUACAGCCGUGGUCGACGUGAAACGAAUGCGAUGGAUUCUUCCGUCGUCUGCACCGAACCCUUCCGGCUAGACGGAUGUAUCAAAUCGGCCAACAAGAAAAGUAAAAUCUCAAGGGAUGUAGAGUCGGACAUUGAGUCUCUCUACAGAGCUGUUCCUCAGCUUGCCAAGACUUUUCGCAUCAUAGACAAAAUUGGAGAAGGUACCUUCAGCUCAGUAUACCUCGGUGAGGCUCGGAUGCGAGACGGCAGCAGAGACGUGUUUGCCCUCAAGCACCUCAUCCCAACCAGCCACCCGACUCGCAUCGCUGCCGAGCUCCAGUGUCUCACUGUUGUCGGGGGCAGGGAGAAUGUGAUGGGUGUGGAAUACUGCUUUAGGAAGGAGGAUCAUGUAGUGAUUGUUAUGCCUUAUAUGGAGCAUCAAGCAAUCGUAGACAUUAUCAGUUCAUUAAGCUUUGAAGAGGUCCGUCUGUACAUCUACCACCUGCUGAAAGCCCUGAGGCACAUUCACCAGUUCGGUAUCAUUCACCGUGACAUCAAACCAAACAACUUCCUGUACAACAGGAAAGCUAAGACGUUCGCCCUGGUGGACUUCGGCUUAGCUCAGGGAACAGCCGACACUCAGCUGGAACUGCUUAAGGUGGUCAGACAGAAGCCGUCUCAGCCAAAGGCUGGAUGUUCCACAGAGAAACGAGAUAAAGCCCCACCUAAACCUCCCUCUACCACCACAGCCUCGCACCUAUCCACAGCUCACCCCCCUCCCUCCUCCUCUCCCUCUCCCACCACCUCCUUAGCCGCUGGGCAAGGACUGAUUAAAAAAACACGCUCCAUCACUACUACAGCGGGCGCCUCCACUUCUCGCAGUGCAAGGCACACUAAGGAUUUAAUGGGAAUACGUAAAGCACCAAGGCCCGUGUUCAGCGAGAGGAACCUGAACAACUGCACUUUAGCCCCGUCUAUCACCAAGCUAGCAAAUACGUCAGAACUUGUAAAUACCGGGAAACCGGCGGACCUCUCAAAUGGAAGGUCGGCUUCAGCUAGAAGGGGCCCGGCCACUGUCAGAACUCCAAAACCUCAGCAAAGCGUCCACCAGCCUCUCACCUGUACUUGCUUUCACACAGACAGAGUCUGCAAUGUCUGCCUGGCCAGGAAGCAGCAGGUGGCUCCCAGGGCUGGAACUCCAGGCUUCCGAGCGCCGGAGGUCCUCACUAAGUGUCCACACCAGGGGACAGCCAUCGACGUGUGGUCAGCGGGAGUCAUCCUGCUCUCGCUGCUGAGUGGACGCUACCCUUUCUUCAAAGCCAGUGACGACUUGAUCGCUCUUGCUCAGAUUAUGACAAUACGAGGCUCCAGAGAAACCGUACGCGCCGCUAAGGCAUUUGGCAAGGCGGUGCUGUGCAGUCGGCAGCUUCCUCGCCUGGAUCUCAGGGAGCUCUGUGAGACGCUGAGGGGACGGAGACCGUCGCCAGAUGAUGAAGUCACGCCGGUCAGACACUCACUUGGUGCUAAAUCUCUAGAGGAAACACCACGGCCCGCUCAGGAACGAGGCAUAGCUGGAGCGGGUGAGACUGCUUCCCCGCUCCCAAAAAGCCAGGCUGAAACACCAGGGGAAAAAGCCUCUUCAGGGGUGGACUGUACAGGUACUGGUGAUGAGCGGGGAUGGGACGGGGUCCCUGACGAAGCCUACGAUCUGCUAGACCGGCUGUUAGAUCUAAAUCCCACUAGCAGAAUUACAGCGGCUCAGGCCUUGCAGCACCCGCUGUUCAAAGACUUGGAAAAAAGCACAUAGGUUCACAAUUCUGCUUUUAAACCAUACAUGACUUCUUUUAAUGGCAGCCAUGGGGACAGUUUGAUUGGAUCUCUCGGUGUCCACCUGUUUAUUUCUGCGACUGAUACCAUUGUCUACGAGUCAUUUGUAUGAAUAAACCACUAACCAGUGUGCCUCAGACACCCCGAUAAAAAGUCAAAUGCAGAACUGUCUAGCUGGCAUUAUCUUAUGUACGGCAUAUAGUACAUCCCACUAUUUGGGUUGCAUUCUAAGUGUCACCUAAUGUAUGCACCCAUAAAUAGUCUUAAAAUGCCUAUUUGUGAUCUACAUCCUAUAAUGUGCCUCUGUUAUUAAUCAUAUUUAAUUGAGUUUUACACAUUAAAGUAUACAGUAUUUUACUCACA